AUAACAAAAAGUAAUAUUGGUGAUAAAAUGCCAUCCGAGUUAAAAAACAAGAAGAAGAAGAACGAAGAACUUCCAAUGGGCACAUGUUUUUAAAUCCACGGGCAAAUUUAAAUUUCUUUUCUUUAACAAUUUUAAUCACCAAGUUUGUUCAUUAAUAUCAAAUCUUAAAGCUAUUCAUUAUAAUAAUAGAUGUGAUUGUUUAUUACCAGUUUGUACAAAACGCAAUAAAAAUAUGUCGAUUACUUACUAUAGAAAAAUCAAUGGGAAGUAAAAUGAGUAUUGAAUUACCUGUAGUAAUAGUAUUGGGUUCUACAGGUACCGGUAAAACCAAACUAUCCUUGGAGUUAGCUAAGAAAUUUAGUGGAGAAAUAAUUGGUGCCGAUUCAAUGCAGAUUUAUCGAAAUUUGGAUAUUGCUUCAGCAAAAGCAACAAAAGAUGAACAAUCAAUUGCUCCACAUCAUAUGAUAGAUAUAUUGGAACCUUCUGAAAAUUUUACAGUUCUAGAAUAUAGGAAUAAAGUUCUACCUAUUAUUGAUAACUUAUUAAAGUAUAGAAAACUUCCAAUAAUUGUUGGUGGUACUAAUUAUUAUAUUGAAUCAAUUUUGUAUAAAACUUUAGUUCAGGAAAUUGAUGAAGUUGUAUGUGAAAAAGCUAAAAUGUUGGCUGGUGAGGAUUAUGAACUACCAAGUGAACAACUUCAUAAGAAGUUGAUGGAGUUAGAUCCAGCUAUGGCAAAAAGAUUACAUCCUAACAAUAAAAGAAAAAUUAUGCGAUCUUUAGAAGUGCUCUAUACAAAGGGAAGGAAACAUAGUGAGAUUUUAGAACAUCAACAUACCCAAAGUUUAUCAAAGAGUGAUGGAGGUCUAAGAUAUAGUAAUGCAGUUAUACUCUGGUUACAAUGUAAUCAGAAUAUAUUAAAUAAAAGAUUAGAUGACAGGGUAGACAAUAUGAUUCAAGAAGGUCUCCUUGAUGAACUUUUAGCUUUCCAUAAAUCAUAUAAUGAACAAAGGAUAAAAAAUAAUGAAGAGUUAGAUUACACAAAGGGAGUCUUUCAAUCUAUAGGUUUUAAGGAAUUUCAUGAUUAUCUUUUACUAAACGAUGAAGAAAAAGCAUCAAAAGAUGGGCAGAAAAUUCUGCAUGAGGCCAUAGAAAGGUUAAAAUUAGUUACUCGAAGAUAUGCAAGAAAGCAAAUAAAAUGGGUUGUAAAUAGAUUUUUAGGCCGAAAAAAUAGAGAGGUUCCACCCAUUUACGCAUUAGAUACGUCUGAUGUUUCUAAAUGGGAAGUCCAAGUUAAGCAGCCAGCUUUUCAAAUUGUUCAACAGUUCAUAUCGGGCACACCCUGUGGUAUCCAACCUGUACCUUUAGAAGAGAAAGACUCUGUUCCAUCUUCUAUGAUGGAGUGUUUUACUUGUGAUAUUUGCAACAAAACUUUAGUGGGUCAAAUUCAAAGGAAAGAUCAUUUCAAUUCAAGCAGACAUAGAAAAAUGGUGGCUAAAGCAAAAAAAGAACAACAAAGUGUGUCUGAGGUGAAAAUAAACUCUACGUGUUAAGUUUUGACAGUGUGUAUAGUGUUUUUGGUGAAGAAUAAAGAAGUCAGUGGCGGGCUUAAAGUUCAAGACUUCUGUAGAAAUUUCUGGAUAUGAUUUACAAGUUGCUUUAAGAAUAUAUCUGAUUGUCUAUGAAGAUAU